UGAGCUUCAGUCGGGGCUUGCCACAGCACGUGAACGGUGGUACAUUAGGAACGAUAGUUACGCAUGCUGGUGACUGCCAGUAGUUGGACUUUUAUCGUGGCAUAUUAUUAUUUUAUUGUUUGUUUACUGAAAGCUACGGUAGCGUUAAAGAGCGGGGUUCGUUAAGUGUAAAUAUACGGCAUCGAGAUUUGCCUUAAGAGAGAACAGUAGUGCAGUUGUAAGCAUCAAAUUGAUUGUAAACAAAUCUAGAACGAGUCAAACACUCAGCGCGGACGGUUCGAAUUGCACGCGAAAUAGUUGCCAGUCGCCAGUCAGUCACUUUGUAUGCGAUUUGUACGAGAGCAAAGUGCAAGCGGACGCGUUGUCAUUUAAGUGAAUAACGAGCGUGUAAACUAAAAUAAUUUUCACACACACACACAACGACAAGUGUUGCAGUAGAAAAAUUAAGUGAAAAGAUAAACAUACUGAACAAACAAAAAAAAAUACGUGAAAAGUGUUUUAAAUUAAUAAAAUAAUUUAAUACAAGUGAGCGCGUCAGCAGUGAGUGAAAGUGAUAAAGACAAAUAAGUGAAAAACACACAUACAUAUUUGCAUAACAUACACAUAGGCGCUAUACCCUAUACUGCAGCAGUUAAGUUUCGAAAAUGUCAGCGUUGCAAGUGUUUACCGCGCUCGUUACGCUUUACGUGUACGCGCAGCACGAGCUACAAGCAGUCUCCGCGCUACCCUACAAUUAUGACGACAUACACGAUUUGAGCGCCAUGCGUCCCGACGCGCAACCCAAACAGUUGCGGCUCUGGCUGACAAUAAGCGCGCGCCAUCGUUUUGUCGAGGUCUCCUGGACGAAUGCGCCGGCGCAUAAGGAUGAUCACAUAUUUAUUACCAUGCAGGCGCCGCAUAAGUUCGAGCGCGUCGAGUUCACUACCGGCACGCCACUGGCCGCAUUCGAUGGCAGUGAAGGUAGCGGUUAUGUACCAAACAUUGGCGUUACCGAGCGCAGCACUUCGUCGCCGACGCGCUAUAGACUCGAACAUGAACACAAAACCAAUUACGUGGCGCGCUUGAAUGCGAGCAACAGCAUGGAAGGUAGCGGCUUUGUUGACACCCCCACCCCAGCACCGCGCACCGCGUCAAUAUCAACGCGCCACUAUUGGAUUUCGAAUAAUGGCAGUGACGAUAUUGUCGCUGCGCUGCAGCCAAGCGCCGCCACGCAAUGGUUCACCACGGGCGUCUAUUUUGAUUACGCGCUCUCGCGCAAUGUCACCGCCAAAACGGGCUGCUAUGGCUUUUGGGCGAGUUAUGUGAACGCCAGUGGCGCUAUAUUGACCACCAGCUGUUUGCGCGCUUAUCCGCGUUGGAUGCGCGAAAUGCACGCAGUGGUGGGCGGUAUGCGUAUGCGCGAUCUCUUCAUACCCGGUACACAUGACUCCGGUUCGUAUAGACCGAAUUUUGAUCCGUUACUACGCGAAACAAUCGUCACGAAGUAUGCGCUGACGCAAGAUGAUGAUAUACGCGGUCAGUUGUUGCAUGGCGUGCGUUAUUUGGAUAUACGCGUCGGUUAUUACCGCAAUACGCCCGAGCGCUUCUACAUCAAUCAUGGCGUUACGCGACAGCGUCCUCUAGCGGAAAUAAUCGAGCAAGUGAAGGAGUUUGUCUUGGAGACAAAUGAGAUUGUGAUAUUCGGUUUGAAGGAGUUUCCGGUUGGUUUCGGUAAGGGACUUGGCGUUCAUCGUCUGCUGGUCUCUUACUUACAGCAACAAUUUGGCGAUGUUAUCGUACAUCCUUCAGCGUCGUGGCGUGCCACUUUGAAUGAUAUUUGGUCAAGACAACAAAACGUCAUUUUAGCUUACGAUAAGGGUCCAGUAGUGGCUGAGUUUCCACAUACACUCUUCGGUUCGGUGGAGCAACGUUGGGGCAAUAUGCAAACGUGGACAAAGUUGGAGAAGUACUUACGUUCCAUUAACAACUUUGAUGUUUCUCGCCUAUCAAGUCGUCCUAUUGCCGAUAUGGCUGAGCUUACACCCGACACGUGGGGUGUUAUACUCGAUAAGUAUGGUGGACUGCGAAAAAUGGCCGAUCAAGUGAAUUGGCGCAUUUCACAAUUGUAUCGCGAUGAAUUGGGUGCAAAUGCGAAUAUUGUAGCGGUGGAUUUCAUACGUGGCACCAGCCUGAUGGACAACGCACUCGAAUGGAAUAAACGGAAAGUGGUGUACUAUUAGGCGUAGAUGGGGGAUUUCAAUAAAAUUAUUGGUGCAUUUUCUUAGAAUAAAUAUAAUAAAAAAACGUAAAUCACGCAUAUGUAUACGUAUUCUUGAGAUAAAAUCUACAAACGAUUUUCUUGGAUUCUACCAAGAUCUUGCCUAAUUGAAUAAAAUAUAUUGUGAAUUUCCUCAAAAUAAAAUUAAACCAAAGUAUUAUAUAUAAGAGGAGGAAUUAAUUAAUUAAUUAUAAAUUAAUAAAUUAAUUUUUUUACAAU